UAUUGUAACGGAUCAGGGAUGACAAAGAGAAUGGGAUACCGAGACUGGAGAUGGCAGGCGCUUUGGUGGCAUCAUUUCUUUCUCUUGUGGAGUACAAUAGACGGACAGACUCGAUACAGCAUCCCAGAGGAACUAAAACAGGGAUCUGUGGUAGGAAAUCUUGCCAAAGAUUUGGGUUUGGGACUAUCGGACAUUUUUGACCGUGAGCUGCGUGUCGCCUCUGAGGCUGGUGAGCAGUAUUUCAGUGUGGAUGCGGGGAAGGGCGAGCUGGUAGUGAAUGACAGGAUAGAUAGAGAAGCUUUAUGUGGACAAAGCGCCAGCUGUUUGCUGCCUUUGCAGGUUGUUCUAGAAAAUCCUCUAAGUUUACAUCGGAUCGAGGUAGAAAUAAAAGAUAUAAAUGAUAAUUCACCCAGGUUUCAUACAAAAGAAAUGUCUUUGAAAAUUGCUGAAUCCGCAGCAGUCGGGACUCGUUUUCUUUUAGAAGGCGCAGAGGAUUCAGACGUUGGAAGUAAUUCACUAAAAUCCUACACUUUGACUAAAAACGACUGUUUUACGUUGAAAAUGAAAGAGGUUGAAGAUGGCAAAACGGUCCCGGAGCUAGUGUUAGAGAAACCUCUUGACCGGGAGAAGAAAGCCGUUCAUCGGCUACUACUGACCGCAUUAGACGGAGGAAACCCAGUCAUGUCUGGUACCUCGCAGAUAAUUAUCACUGUGCUUGAUAACAAUGACAAUUUCCCAGUAUUUGAUAAAAAUACAUAUAAAGUUUCCUUAGAGGAGAACACUGCAAAAGAUACAUUUGUUAUCAAAAUAGCAGCAACUGAUGCUGACGAGGGACCAAACGGAGAAGUUGAAUUCUCUUUUGGCCCCAGAACACCAGAUUCUGUCUCAUCAGUUUUUGAGAUAAAUUCAUUAACAGGAGAAAUAUAUUUGAAAGGAGAUUUAGAUUAUGAAAGAGCUUCGUCCUAUAAAAUAGAAAUAACUGCGAAAGACAAGGGGGUUCCAGUGAUGGAGAGUCACUGUCGUGUACAGAUAGAUGUUGUUGAUGUUAAUGAUAAUACUCCUGAAAUUAUCCUUACCUCUGAACCGAAGCCAGUGCGCGAAGACGCACCAAGUGGCACAGUAGUGGCUUUGCUCAAUGCGCGUGACGCUGACUCUGGUAAUAAUAGCAAAGUGACAUUAAAACUACCAAAAGGUUCUUCUUUCACUCUAAAACCUUCAUUUUCUAAUAAUUACGCACUGGUUACCAGUGGUCGUUUAGACCGAGAGACUUUCUCUGAGUAUAAUAUUGAAAUAACAGCCACUGAUUCAGGCUCUCCUCCUCUGUCCAGUAAAAAAAUUAUACCUGUCAGCAUCUCUGAUGUGAAUGAUAACCCUCCUGUAUUCACUCAGCCCUCCUAUAAUGUGUAUUUAAAAGAGAAUGGGGUACCAGGCGCUAUACUGUACUCAGUAUCAGCAUCUGACCUGGAUUUUGGUGAAAACGCUAAAAUCUCUUAUUCUAUACUGGACUCUAAAGUGCAGGACGUUUCUGUCUCGUCUUAUGUUUACAUUAACUCAGAUAACGGCAGCAUCUACAGCAUGCACUCGUUUGACUAUGAGAAACUGAAGGUGUUUCAGAUUCAGGUUCAGGCAAAGGACCAGGGCUCUCCGUCUCUCAGCAGCAACGCUACUGUCCAUGUUUUUAUCCUGGACCAGAACGACAAUGCCCCCGCUGUUAUUUACCCCUCCUCCGCUGCCCUGGGCUCCCUCUCUCAUCAGAGGAUGCCCCGCUCCGCUAAACCGGGUCACCUGGUUACUAAGGUGACGGCCGUGGACGCUGACUCGGGCCAUAACGCCUGGAUCUCCUACAAACUGGCGGAGGCCACAGACGCCUCUCUGUUCACAGUUAAUCAGUACACAGGAGAGGUGAGGACUAAACGCCCUGUGUCCGAGCAGGACGACUCCUCUCAGAGGCUGCUUAUAGAGGUCAAGGACGACGGGGAACCGGUCCAGUCCGCCACAGUCACGGUGUCCAUCCUGCUGGAGGACGGCCUCCAUGAGCCCAUCUUGGACCUCCGACAGAAAACGAUGGAGCCGAGUAAGAAAACCGGGAGAAUCACCCUUUAUUUGAUUCUCUCUCUGGCCUCGGUGUCCGUGCUGUCUCUGGUGACUUUUCUCAUUUUAACGGUUAAAUGCAUUAGGAGCAGCAGAAGCAGCGGUAGUUGCUGCAUGAGACGGAGCGACUGUGAUGAUUACAAGAACCCCAACAGAAACCUGCAGAUUCAGCUCAACACUGAUGGGCCUAUAAAGUACGUGGAGGUCCUGGGAGGAGACAUGUUGUCUCAGAGUCAGUCCUUCAGGUCCUGUAUGUCUCCAAUGUCAGAGUACAGUGAUUUCACUUUAAUUAAACCCAGCAGCACCACUGACUUUAAGGAGGUGAUCAGUGUUCUUGAUGCUUCUUUACCUGACAGCACCUGGACCUUUGAGAGCCAGCAGGUGAGCAGAUAA